UGCUCUCUCUCUCUCUCUCUCUCUCUCUCUCUCUUUCGAUCGCGCGCGCGCGCGCGCGCACACACACACGCACAGCAUAGCACCGCACAUACGCGCGCGAACCUACAUAGGAACAGAAGGGAUUUAUUCCAACACCUCCCACUUCACUGUCACGGGCGCUGAGAUCGGUUACCUGGAUACGAACGAGAGAUGGUGCAUCGAGUAAUGUAAUGUUGCGGGUUUCAGCUCAGUUGUGGAACAGUAACAGACGGAUACAGCGUAUUUCUCUGUCGUCUCGUCCCUACCGGUCAACUUUAUUCUUUUGGUGUAACUGCGUCCAUUCCUAAAAUAAGCGCGUGUCGGAGUGAGCUGCAUCCUAAUUGCUUUGAUGCAAUAUUUUAUAUCAUAGUCAUUUUACAACUUUUUUAUCGACCCAUUCAUUAAUCAUCGCUUUUUGGAUACAUGCAGUAACAAGACAAUACAAACCACGCAAGUUUUGAUAAGGGCAAAUGAACAGACGCUGAAUAAAACCAACAUCCCUCCAUUCCUCUUUUCCUCCCCUCUGCCUCCAUGGAAUCCACCUCCACACUCCUGCCGGCGACACCAGAGACAUGGGGUAAUGUCACCACCCUGCCCCCUCACACCAGCUUCUCCGAGUCCCUCAUUUUCAUCCUCAACGACUCCUUCUUGAAUGACUCUUUCUUGAAUGACUCCUUCUUGCCGUUCAACUCCAGCAACUCGACGGGACCCAGGAUGGGGUCGGGGUCCACCGUAGCGGGGGUGCUCAUUCCUCUCAUCUACAUCACCGUCUGCAUCAUUGGCCUGGGCGGGAACACGCUGGUCAUCCAUAUCGUGCUGCAUUACUCCAAGACCGAGUCGGUCACCAACAUCUACAUCCUGAACCUGGCCAUUGCCGACGAGCUCUUCAUGCUGGGCCUGCCCUUCCUGGCUGUGCAGACCGCAAUCCACUCCUGGCCUUUCGGCUCCAUCAUGUGCCGCCUGGUGAUGACUGUGGACGGGAUCAACCAGUUCACCAGCAUCUUCUGCCUGACGGUCAUGAGCAUCGACCGCUACCUGGCUGUGGUUCAUCCCAUCCGCUCUUCGAAAUGGCGCCGGCCCCAGGUGGCCAAAGCUGUCAACGGGACAGUGUGGGCAGUCUCCUUCAUGGUGGUGCUGCCCUUGGUCAUCUUCGCCGACGUCUUGAAGGAGGGGGGUAUCUGCAAUAUCAUAUGGCCCGAACCGAAAAGUAUCUGGAAGGCGGCCUUUAUCAUUUACACCUCCACCGUCGGAUUCUUCUGCCCCCUUCUGGUCAUCUGCCUCUGCUACCUGAUGAUCGUGGUCAAGAUCCGCAGCUCGGGCAAGAAGGUCCACGCCACCUCUGCCAAGCGCAGGAAGUCAGAGCGUAAGGUCACCCGGAUGGUGGUCAUCGUGGUGGCUGUGUUCGUCUUCUGCUGGCUCCCCUUCUACGCCCUGAACAUCAUCAACCAGAUGGUGUUACUGCCGGAGGAGCCCCAGGGCCUGUAUUACUUUGUGGUCGUCCUCUCCUAUGCCAACAGCUGCGCCAACCCCUUCGUCUAUGGCUUCCUCUCGGACAACUUCAAGCAGGGCUUCCGGAAGGCCCUGUGCCGCUCCUCCCGUAGGGUGGACAACCAGGAUGCCACCGACCCUCUGCAGGAGCAGGACGAGUGCAGGAGGGUGCUGAAGCCCCGGGACAGCGUGAGGAGGACCAUGAGGGAAGAGGAGGAAGAGGAGGAGGAGGAGGAGGUGACCGAUAUGACCGAGAUCUGCAGGAUCACGCAGAACGCAAAUGGGAACGGGAAGUUGGAGAGGGGAAAGCAGGCCGGGGCCGUAGAGACGGACUCCCCAGGCCAGAGAUCUAAAGCUGGGGAGGGCAGUGGGAAAGGACCAGGCUCUGGGCCUGCGGCUGGCAUGCCCCAGCUGCUUAAUGGGGCCAAAAACGGCAGCGUCAAACCGCUGCCAGAAGAACCUGUGGAGAAGAAUGCCCUACUUGAGAUCAGUUACCUGUAAUAUAAAGAAACUGCAUUUCACCGCCUUGUCUUUUGUCACUUGAAGUGGAAUCACAGUAUUAUAUUUGAAGAAUUAUCCUAAAACACCCAGGCAGCCCUUUUCAACCUAGUCACACUGACUGACUGCUUUGUACAGAGAUUUUAAUCAGACCAAUUCCUUGACUUGACAACUGAAUCAGCACAGUAUCUUAGUUAAUGUUACGGGUGAAGAAAGGGUAAGAUAUGUAAAAAUUUCUGUCUUAAAAGCUUGAGUUUUUGUGUAUUUCAGUGGCUUGACCGUUUUCCUCCAUAUUUUUUUGUGUAGGUGCUCCAGAUGGAGCAUCAGGGGUGAGAAGUUUUGGUAUUUAUUCGCUGCUGUUUCCGUGACAUUUAAAAAGGAAAAACAAAAUGAAUAAAGAGCUCAGGUUUAAUGUAGGAGGUAGAGAAUUAAACACUGAAACUAUCAGGAACAGGACAAAAAUGUUCAUUAAACCUGUAAAACAAAAACAAAAAAGUGCGUAUAUGUGAUUUUACCUUGCCUAAACAAGGGCUGUGACUCUCAAUAACAGUUUGUCUGAGCCAUAAUUUAACUUGGCAUAUCCAUUUAUUAAGCAGUUGACAAUGGCUUUUUUGACAGCCUUUGCCAAUUACAAAAAAUGUGGGCUAAAUUAUUCUCUUGAUUUCAAUCUUGAUCAAAACCCACAUUCUGUCAAAAAAAUAGCUGGGAUGUGGAUUUGGGUUUAACGAGCUGAUCCUGGGACAAUAUUCGUCUUCGGGGAUAACGAGAUCAUUUUAGUGUUGCUUCACUGAUGAUAGGUGGCACACUUGUGACAGGUUUCAUGGGUUCAUUCUGGGGAGAGGGACCAUGAAAAGAUAUUUAAAAAAGGACUAAAUUGGAGGUGUACACUGUUGGAAACCAUGGGAGCCAUCACUCCCAGCGCAGGUGGACUCCCAGGCGCUCAUCUUCCUGCAUGAGUAGACCGGGCUCCGCUCCAGAGAAAACACUACCAACGAGGAAGAUUGCCCUUUUCACGUUCAGCCCUCCGCAGAAUAUCAAUGAGCCGCUGGUUUUUAUAUAGAAAGCGCAUUUGCGUUUUUUGGCUGGGGGGCCGGGGGCUGUGGAGAUGCGUAGGCCACCGCUCAUUCUCGGCAGCCAAGCUGGUUGGGCGCGUGGAUAUGACAGGAGAGGUCUCGCUUCAGCCGCUUCCAGUUCAGUCAGGUUUGAUUUGCCUGUGGAAAGAAUGCCGAUGUGGGUUCGAUGUUAUCUGAGAUGGGCCAGCUGCAUAGUAUAUUUCGCAGAGAAAUAAUGCUGUUUACAGUGCAGUGAAGCUGUCUCAGUUAAAUUUAAAAGUUUAAUAAAAAUUUAAUUAAAAGUU